UAGCAACCGACCAUGUCGACUGGUGAUCGCACCAGGCCGGCGUACGGUAGAAGUCGCGAGGAGGACCUCGCGGAGGGCUGCAAGGAGUACUAUCUGUUCCUGUUGGAGUUGUACUUGAAAGAGGCGUCGGGCAGCCGCCUGGCGAAGUUGAAUCAGAUGUUCUUCGUACCUACGAGCGUCCGCUUCGAAUUCCUCGACUUCGUGGACGAGGAUGAUCUGCAGCUUACCCCGGUGGACGCCCUCUUCCAGCCGCAGGCGGGCGUCGCCAACGACGUCGAGGUGUUUAAUGCCGGGAAAUCGGUGCUCUUCGCCGUCGAUUUUGACGCGGUGACCGAUCGCAGCGUUCAAAUGAUCCUCAAGAUCAUCGUGAAGAAACGGAUGCCCGAUGACAUCAAACCGGACAUCCUGGUGGGUACCGGCGAGCUGGAUCUGUCCGCCCAGUACGCCGCUCUGCGGCUGGAGACGCUGCAGUGCUGGCGGCGAGGCAUCGCCACGUCCAAGACGUUCGACGGUCAAGUGCCGCUGAUUCACAGCACAGAUCUGACGGGAAGACUGGAUAUUUUCGUGAGAAUGUCCGGCUUCGGCCAGACGAUCGUUACGGAUUUUAACGCGCCGCAGGAUUCUGAGUCAUUCGUCUUCGGCGCUGAAGAGGUCGAUGAAACUUUGGCAUAUAAAUUUCGCAAAGUCGACCCUCGUGCCGAGGACCUCUUCCGAGACUCCAGCAAGAAUCUGCAGAAUACCGUAACGUGUCCCGUGUGCCUACCAGAGACGUAUCCGUGCGUACCGUGCGGAAGGAUGGGAGCUAUCGAAGAGAGAAACAAGAGAGUAAGAGACGUGCGAGUGGACGCCGCGGUAGAAAAGAAGUCCGAGUACACGACGUCAAAGAACCUCCUGCAAUCCGGCCAGAACUCGUCCCAGCCUUGUGGCAAGCCGGUCGUUCUCAAAGUAUCCGGUUUGUUCGAUAACGGCGACGGCGAGAAGCCUACCGUGACGGUUGCUGAUGAAAGCGCUGCCGCGAAACCGGGCGAGUCUGACGAUCCUGAUCACGACGUCUUCAUCCUACGGAUCGGCAAGAAGGGCCUCGUCGGCAUCGGUGAGAAAUCCGACAUACAGCUGGAGAUGAAGACUCCGAAAGGGCCUGAAAGAAGGCCGCCAAUUAGAUACGAGACCCGAGAGAUGCAGACAGAUGUUAAAGAAGAAGUUGAAGUGAAAGAACGGAAGAAGAAGCCGAAGAAGAAGAGUAAAAAAUGAUGGAAACAAAUCGUAGUCGAGUUCGGCAACCAGAGUCCCGACGGAUUCGAAUUAACGGAUCGAAAGCCAAUUUGCCAAUUUUGCAUUCUGGUUCAACUGUCCUUAACAAACACACACGUCUCUUGCGUUUGUAUGGUUAUGAUUAUUAAAUUCUCUGUACUGCGAGAUAUUACAUUGUCGGCACAAUAAAUCUCAUUCGCUGCUUCAAACGACGUGAACAAUUUACUCCAGAUUAACCACACGCAUACAUACAUAGAAACGAGUCCUUCUAUUGGAUUGUUCAGAAAUUCUGGUUUUCUCAAAUAGAUGGUGUUGGUUGGCUUUUUAAGCAGUUAACCUCAUUCUAAACCAGAAAAUCAUUAUACACUACUUUUACGACGCGCAUUUCAAGCUUUAUUUGAAAAAAAGUUGUUUUGGAAUCUGUCAAGUUUUUUUUUUGUUUGGCGUCGCAUCAAAAAUGGAAAAUCAACGUGAGCAUUCUCGUCACAUUUUGCUGUUUUGUUAUUGAAGGCAAAAAUGCAGCGCAAGUAGGAGAAACAUUGUGUAUCGUGUAUGGAGAGGAUGUGUUAAUUGAACGCCAGUGUCAGAAUCGGUUUUCGAAAUUUCGUUCUGUGAAUUUUAAACAUGCACCAUGUUCUAAAAGGCCAAGUUGAGACUGAUGAGGACCAAGCAAAGCCAUUGGUGGACGCGAAUCGUCAUUUAACAACACGAGAAAUUGCCGAGAGAUUGAAUUUAUUGAAUUCGACCGUGCAUGAGCAUUUGAAGCAACUUGGUUUCGCUUUUAAGGUUCGAUAUUUGGAUUCCAUACGUUUUCAAAGAAAGAUAUUUGAUUCGUCGCGUUACGUCAUCUGCGAUUUGCUACUGAAACGUGAGGAAAACGAUUCAUUUCUGAAGCGACUCAUAACUGGAGAUGAAAAAUGAAUUGUAUACAACAAUAUUAAACGCAAAAGAUCACAGAGCAGACGUGCCAGAACCAGCUCAAAGCACAUCGAAAGUUGAUAUCCAUCAAAAGAAGGUGAUGCUCUAUUUGAUGGAAUUGGAAAGGGACGAUUUUUUUUGAGCUGCUACUAAACAACCAAACGAUUGAUUCGAAUGUGUAUUGUCAUCAAUUGGGCAAAUUGAAUGAUUUUCCAUCAAGCAGAAAAGAUCAGAAUUGGCGAACAGGAAGGUGUUGUGUUUCAUCAUGACAACGCCAGACCUCACACAAGUUUAAUGACUCGCCAGAAGCUGUCAGCGCUUGGAUGGGAUUUGCUGCCGCAUAUCCGCCAUAUUCACCCGAUCUGGCACUAUCCGAUUGUAACUUGUUUUGGUUACUGUAAAAUUUUUUGGAUGGUAAAAACUUCGAUUCAAAUGGAGGUGUCAAAAACCACUUCAAUUUCUUGCCAAUAAGGACCAGAGAUUGUACGAGCGUAGA